GUUUCAUAUACACAGGAGAAGUUGUACAUCGAAUGCUAACCGCCACACAGUACAUAGCGCCUUUAAUGGCUAAUUUUGAUCCUGGUGUAUCCAGAAAUUCAACAGUCAGAUAUUUUGAUAAUGGCACAGCGCUUGUUGUCCAAUGGGACCACGUGCAUCUCCAGGACAAUUACAACCUGGGAAGCUUCACUUUCCAGGCAACACUCCUCAUGGAUGGGCGCAUCAUCUUUGGAUACAAAGAAAUCCCUGUCUUGGUUACACAGAUAAGUUCAACAAAUCAUCCAGUGAAAGUGGGGCUGUCAGAUGCAUUUGUCGUUGUCCACAGGAUCCAACAAAUUCCCAAUGUUCGGAGAAGGACAAUUUAUGAAUACCACCGAGUAGAGUUACAAAUGUCAAAAAUCACCAACAUUUCAGCUGUAGAGAUGACUCCACUACCUACAUGUCUCCAGUUUAAUGGUUGUGGCCCUUGUGUAUCUUCUCAGAUUGGCUUCAACUGCAGUUGGUGUAGUAAACUUCAAAGAUGCUCCAGUGGAUUCGAUCGCCACCGCCAGGACUGGGUGGACAGUGGAUGCCCUGAAGAGUCAAAAGAGAAGAUGUGUGAGAACACGGAGCCAGUGGAAACUUCUCAAACCACCACAACUGUACACACGACAACCACACAAUUCAGGGUCCUAACGACUACCCGUAGGGCAGCUACCGCCCAGCUGCCCACAAGCCUGCCCACAGAAGAUGAUACCAAGAUAGCACUGCAUCUCAAAGACAAUGGAGCUUCAACAGAUGACACUGCAGCCGAGAAGAAAGGUGGAACACUCCAUGCUGGUCUCAUUGUUGGAAUUCUUAUCCUGGUCCUCAUUAUAGCAGCAGCCAUUCUGGUGACAGUCUAUAUGUAUCACCAUCCAACAUCAGCAGCCAGCAUCUUCUUUAUUGAGAGACGGCCAAGCCGAUGGCCCGCGAUGAAGUUUAGAAGAGGUUCAGGUCAUCCUGCCUACGCUGAAGUGGAACCAGUUGGAGAGAAAGAAGGUUUUAUUGUAUCAGAGCAGUGCUAAAAUUUCUAGGACAGAAUGGCACCAGUACUGGCUUACAGGUGUUAGGACUAAAAUUUUGCUUAUACCUUUAAGACACACACACACA